CCGCCGGCUUCUAGGUCUCGCCACUUCAUGGCUCAACAACGACUUCAAACUUUGAAUCCGGCACAAGCCGGACGAAGCGACGCAAAAGUAGGCGGAACGGCGUCUGUCGACGGAGAGAGGCACGCGAUUUCACCGAGAUCUCGUCUAUUAUGUGGCAUUAGGGAUCCAUUCCGAUCUUGUCUCGUUAAUUGUCCUGUCCUACCCCGUCAAAUUCGUAAGAACGCUCGAGAUGAACGAAGAGAAUCCGGAGGAGAACGUGUUGCACGUAGAAGUAUGUCAACAUGCCAGCAGUACUUUGUCGAAAACCAAAAUUGAAGAAACGGUCAAUUCAGAAUUACAUUUGUUGGAAGAGAUUCCUCUUGAUGUUAUUCUAUACGGCAAAGAUUUUACAAAUACAAUUAUAAAAGAUCAUGUGGAGUCCAUGAUAUUCUCGUCUGACUAUGUAGAGAGGGGAACGUUCAAAAUUCAUGGAGCUACCAUCAAGUAUUAUGUCUAUAGACUGACGCAGGAGGAUGCUGCCAUAGAAACGAUAACAUGUGACUCUGAUGAAUUGCCAGUUGCAUGUCACUGGUUGUUACCUGCACAGGAAUUUCACUACAUGUGGGAAAAUCUGUAUUACGAUUGUGAUAUAAAGAAUAACUUAUUACGUUUCGUGGAGACUACAAUGUUAUUUUCUGAUCACGCUGUUAAUUCAAACAUUAUAAGCUGGAAUAAAGUGGUGUUGUUGCACGGUCCUCCAGGUACAGGCAAAACCAGUAUGUGCAAAGCUCUCGCUCAAAAAGCUGUUGUUCGUAUGGGAGAUCGCUUUAAUCAUGGAAAAUUUAUAGAAAUUAAUAGCCACAGCUUAUUUUCAAAAUGGUUUUCUGAGAGUGGGAAACUUGUUAUGAAGUUGUUCGACGAAAUAAAGAAUUUGGUUCAGGACGAAAGUGCACUGAUAUGCAUUCUGAUCGAUGAGGUAGAGUCGUUAGCUCACGCACGUAAAUUAUGCAGCAACGGCACCGAACCGUCUGAUUCUAUACGCGUUGUGAACGCACUGCUCACGCAGUUGGAUCAAAUCAAACGGUAUCCGAACGUUUUAAUUUUAACGACGAGCAAUAUGACAGAAGCUAUAGAUCUUGCGUUCGUCGAUCGAGCGGACAUAAAGCAGUAUCUCGGAUACCCAUCCGAGGUUGCUAUUUACAAUAUUUAUCAUUCGUGCUUAAAAGAAUUAAUGAGGACUGGAAUUUUGGAAGAUGAAGAGAUACACGACAUAUCGCAGUUAAAGGUUCUUGGAUACGCAGAAUAUGAAGACACCAAAAAUAGUCUAAAACUUUUGGAGCUUAGCCGUGAGAGCGAAGGCUUAACCGGUCGUACCUUAAGAAAAAUACCAUUUUUAGCGCAUGCUCUUCAUACAUCCACGAUCAAAAGUACAUUAUCCAAAUUUUUAAAAGCCAUGCACUCGGCUAUUCUGAAACAGGAGCAACAAGAAGGUGAUUUCCAGCAAUCAUGAACAAAAAGAUUGUUCCUUUUCUAUUUAUUCUAAUACUAUUUUAUUAUAUAUGUAUAUAUAUAUAUGUAUACAUAUACAUGGGUGUGUGCGAAAUCGUAGUAUUAAAUACAUGUUUAUUGAUAGAUUUUCAAAAUCGUUUCGAAAACAGCCUCGCAUGAAAAAUUUUUUUUAUAAUUUUGACUUAUUUUGGGAGAGAGAAAUUACUUUAUUCUCGCUUAUACUACGAUUUCGCACGCACCGU